AUGAAAACUUCACAUAUCACCGUGGCUUUGUUGGCUGCUGUUGCUACUGCUGCCACCAUCCGAGUUGACUCCGGCAAUGCCGUCACCCUCGAUAUUGUGAAACGUCACGGAGACCACUCUGUGCCCCAUAGCCAUGGAGACGACGAAGACGAACAUGACCACGACCACGACCACGACCACGAGGGACAUGAUCAUGGCGAGGAACUUACAGCUGAAGAAAAGGCUGCUGCUAAGGCUGCCAAACUCGCCGAGAGAUGUAAGACUCCCGACCGAGAUCUCAACAUUAAGUAUCGAAUCGGUGCUCUGUUUGCCAUGAUGGGCAUGUCUGCCCUGGGAGUGCUUCCUCCUGUUUUGAUGAACUCUUUCUUCAAGGUUUCUAUCAAGUCUCUGCCCCUGACCUUCCUCAAGCAGUUUGGUACUGGCGUUGUUAUUUCCACAGCUAUCAUCCAUCUCAUGUUUGGAGCCGUUCUGCAGUUCAUGGACAACCCUUGUCUUGGAGAGCUUUCUUACGAGCCUACUGGACCUGCCUUUGUGCUUGCUGGUCUGUUUCUUGCAUUUGUCAUCGAAUACACAUUCACUAAACUGCUUGAAAAACGAUCAGAUCACCUCACUGCUCCCCACGCUCACGGCCACUCUCACUCCGACAGCAACUCUGAUCUUGAGAAAACUGGACCCGACGUGACCGAAAACACCCUCCACAUCUCUCCCUCGGCAGCUGCUGCUGCUCCUGGAACCACCCACGCCCAUGGAGACGGAAACACCCACGGACACAACCACUCUGGCGAGAUUUCUGGUGGUCAUGGAGGCCACUGUCUCAUUGAUCCUACUGACAAGGUCUCUGUCAUGAUCAUGGAGUCCGGUAUCAUCUUCCACUCCAUUCUCAUUGGUGUCACUUUGGUCCUGGCCCCUAACUCCAACUUCACAACCCUCUUCAUUGCCAUUCUGUUCCACCAGAUGUUUGAGGGAGUUGGCCUGGGUUCUCGAAUCGCCGGCCUUGUCAACACAAAGCUGCUCUUGAAGCUGCUCAUGUGUCUCUUCUUUAUUCUUAUCACUCCCAUCGGUAUGGCCAUUGGUCUCGGAGUUAUUGAUGUCUACAAUGGCUCUGGAAGCAAGACCACCAUCUGGGUGCUCGGAGUGCUUAACGGUCUCUCUGCCGGUGUGCUUCUAUGGGCUGGUGUAGUCGAAAUGCUGGCAUUCGACUGGCUCUUUGGAGACCUGGUUCAUACCACAAAGCGACGAACCAUCGUGGCCUUUGCCGGACUUGUGGCCGGUCUUAUUCUCAUGUCUCUGAUUGGAAAGUGGGCGUAA